AUGAAAAUUGAUAGUACACCAUUGAAAGAAGGUCAAUUACCAUUCGAUAAAGAAGUGGUUAGAAAAGCCGCUUUGGACUUGACCGAAUCUGUAGAAUCCUGGAAGAAGGGGAAGCUAUACAAGUAUACGCUAGAUCCAGAAAAUUGUACCAAUGAUCCCAAGUGUGAAGUGCAAACCUACGGGCAGACCAUUGGUGGUGAUUAUUGGUUAUGUAGAAGAUCAUUUCACAACAUUAAUCCCGAAAAUUACCGCAAAGUAGUCGAAGUAUUGAACGGUAGUCAAUGGGAUGCGAGUCUCGAGAAAUGGGUUAUGCCCGAUAUUGCAGCAAGAUCCAAACUGGAACAAGAGUACAUAGAGACUCUUUCAAAAUGUCACGUGGUGAGACAGGUCACUGACGAUUGUGACAAUGACGAAUUCGAUAAUUUCGGAUGGGUGCUUGUCAAUUUAGAGUAUGAACUUGGUAAACCGUUGACAACACGAGAAUUCAACGAAUGGGUUUGUCCCCUAAUUCCAACUAGCAAAACCGGGGACAAUGGCAGCACCGUGGAAACAAGUGUUGUUGUUUCCUUGGUUGCGGACGAAGAAACUCGAGAUCCAGUCCAUCAUACCCAUGCAUAUUACGCGAGUGUCGAACAAUUGAAAUAUGAUUAUUCUAAUCACGUGCUCGAAUGGACCAUGUGUACUUCCAGUGAUGCCGGUGGUAACGUUCCAAAAUGGAUCCAAAACGCUACCAUUGCGAGAACUGUAGCGAAGGAUGUACCGUAUUUACUGGGUUGGAUGAAUAAAAGGGGAGAUUGA